AUGGUAGGCCGCCCAGAAAUGGCGGCUGCUACCAUGGCUAAGAAGCCCCAGAUCUGCGGCCCACCGAUGUACAUUGCACCAGAGGCUUUUCAAGGAAAAUAUAAUGAGUUAGUUGACAUAUAUUCUUUAGGGAUAUGCGUGCUAGAGAUGGUCACUCGGGAAGAUGACUUUUACAGCGAAUACAGCAAGACAGAGGAGGUUCUCGAAAAGGUUAAGGCAGGUAUAAAGCCUGUUGCGCUAAGAAAUGUGACAGACCCACAGGUUAAAGAAUUCAUUGACAAGUGUUUGGCUCCUGCAGAUAAGAGACCCUCGGCAAAUGACCUCUUGAAUGACCCGUUUCUUACAACGAGUGUUUCUGGCACAUCAACAACACGUACUAAUUCGAGUCUAACAGAAUCUGAGGGUUUGCUGAUUUCUAGAUUACUACAGUUUGUCAAGGAAAUGGACAGUGGGAAUAGGAAAUUUAAGUUACAAGGAAGAAUCAAGGACAAUGCUAUGAUACAAAUGAAAUUGAGUAUUACAGAUAAUGCUAUGAUCGCAAAUUUUGAUUUGGAGUUGUCACCUGAAAUAGUUACAGCUCGUCAGUUUGUCAUGGAGAAUAUUGCUACACAAAUUCAUUUGUCACGUGUUUUGCUCCAAGAACUUGACAAAUAA